CGGCAACCUGCUUUUAUAAAUUUGAGGCUCCUUUCUGUUUUUCUCGCAGUUCAAGCUUGGAACCCUUCUCCUCCUCCAUUCUUCUCCUCUCCAAUGGCCAAGUUGCUUCCACUGUUCCUCCUUUUACUCAUCACAUUCUCCAUGGUCUCAUGUGGGAUCGUGCAUGAGGUGGAGGUGGAGCUAGCUAAGAAGAGCCAAAGGGGGAGGUAUGGCCCGGGAAGCCUAAAAAACUAUCAGUGUCCGGGCGAGUGCAGCAGGAGGUGCUCUCGGACGCAGUAUCACAAGCCAUGCAUGUUCUUCUGCCAGAAAUGCUGCAGGAAAUGUCUGUGUGUGCCUCCGGGGUUCUAUGGAAACAAGCAGGUCUGCUCCUGCUACAACAACUGGAAGACUAAGCGCGGCGGCCCCAAAUGCCCUUGAGAUCCAUAUGGAUCCAUUAAUCCUUUAGCUAGUUAUAUGGUUACAGGUCUAUGUAUGGAUGGGUUCACUCCAUGGAUGGUGAUUGCUCUGUUAUCACCAUGUGUUCCAUCAUCAUCAUCUGCUUGUCUUUAAUGGGCUUGUCAUGCUCUGUUUUUGGAAUGGGUUGGGCUGGGCUGUCCCGGGUAUCCUUGCUGCUAAAGUACUAGCCUUGGUUAUAGGAGUUGCCUGCUAUCUUCUGGCCAAUAGAUAUGUGCUUUUUUUUUUUAUGGUAUCACUGAGUGUUGUUCCAUCUAUUUGAUGUAUUGAUGUUGAACUCUCCUUUUUUGGUCUCAUCCCAU